UAUUAAAAAGUGCAUCCUGACCCUGCACUACAUGAGGUGUGCUUCUUUGUAUGAUACCUGAGCUGUGUGUGAAGAUGACGAUGAAACUGUAUUACUGGGAUAUUCGAGGGGCCGCCCAGCACAUCCGCCUGCUGCUGGAAUACACCGGCGCCAAAUAUGAGAAUAAAUUCUACUCCUGUGGAGAAGCACCUGAUUACGACAGAAGCAGCUGGUUUAAUGACAAGGCCAAACUGAAAAUGGAUUUUACUAAUUUGCCAUAUCUUGAGGACGGGGACAGGAAGAUCCCUCAGAGUAAUGCUAUAAUGAGAUACAUUGCCCGCAAGUACAACCUCUGUGGAGAAACAGAAGAUGAGAAGGUCAGAGUGGACAUCCUGGAGAAUCAGGCCAUGGACUUCCGCAAUGGAUUUAUCAGGCUCUGCUAUAUGGCAUAUGACAACAAGUCAGCGUACCUGGAGGCACUGCCAGGAGUUCUUAAGCAGUUUUCAGACUUCCUGGGGGGAAGGAAGUGGUUUGCUGGUGACAAGAUAACAUUUGUGGACUUCACCAUGUACGAACUGUUGGAUCAGCACCGCAUGUUUGAACCCAAAUGCCUGGAUAACUUCAAGAACCUCAGAGAUUUCCUGGACCGAUUUGAGGCACUGGAGAAGAUCUCGGCUUACAUGAAGUCCAGCAGGUUUAUGAAAACGCCUGUGAACAACAAGAUGGCAAAGUGGGGAAACAAGAAGUAGUAAAUAAUAUGACCAUUUCUUUGCUAUUAGGGGCCAUUCUAGUGCUGUUAGCCCAGUAUGUGACAAAUUCUAACCAAAGGGUGUUGAACAACACUAUAAUAAAGUGCCUUAAAAAGGCUAAAAUUCCUUGAAGCCACAGUGCAGAUCUAAUCAACAGUUAUUGCUGCACAAAGCGGUCACACCAGAUACUGAAAGCAAAGGUCUAAAUGCUACUUUUGCCACUCAAAAUUUUGUAAUAUUGUAUCAUUUUACUCAAUAAAUUAAUGACCAAGUCA